CCCGCAGAGGCCGGGUUCAAAGGGUCCCGGAGCAGGAGCUGAGGGGCAUGUGGUGGUGGAGCCGAGCCCCGCUUGGGACUGCGCGGGUGCUGGUGCGCGAGCCCUAAAGGCCGCGGUGACGCAGGAACAUGGCGCGAGGCGGCGGAGAGUCCAAGGAACUGCUGGCUUUAGUGCACCAGCACUUGCUGCAGGCGGGCUUCGCGCGGGCCGCCAAGGAGCUGCUGGAGGAGAGCGGCCAGAAGACCUUCUCGUCAUCCCCUGUCCCUCUCAGGGAAAUCUUCACUCAGUGGAAGAAAUCGCAACCCCAGAAACGAAAAGCGGGUGCCGGCAAGAGAGAGCCUCCAGCAAAGAUCAGGGUCCCCGACCCCAAGAGCAGCUCAGAGAGCUCAGAUGAAGAAGUGAUAAGCACCACGAAAGCCAAUGUGCCUGCGAAUAACAGCUCUGUGGCUAAGGCAGACAGAAGCAGUGAAGAUGAAGGUUCAUCCUCUGAAGAGGAAACAGUUGCUGCAAAGGUGGUGAAAACACCUGUAACAGGAAAUAGACAAACUGAUUUUCUGCAGCUUGCUGCUCAAAAAACAAAUUCCUUCCCAGGUAAAGGGGUGGCUGUUGCUUCCGUCCAGGCAAAAGGACGACAAAGUAAAGCAUCUUUGAAUAAGCCACUCUCCCCAGUUGUGGCAAAAGCAGGACAGAAUAAAGUCCCUUCCAGUAAACAGGGGCUGGCUGCCCAGUCUCCUGCUCAACAAGGACCGAAGAAGACGCAGGUGGCAACUGCAAAGGUGACAGUGGUCUCUGAAAGUGGCAGUAGCAGCAGCUCAUCUGAGGCUGAGGAAGAAAAUACACCCUCAGUAGUAAAAACACCACCAACACCUAAGACAGAUCUGAAAAAAGCAGAAAGCAGCAGUGAGGACUCAAGUGAGGACUCAGACUCUGAAGAUGGAGGAGGAGUUGCAGCAGCAAAAACAAAAGCAGCAACUGUCCAGCCAAAACCAAGUGUACAGAGCCCUCUGGGGGAAACCACAUUAGCCAAAAACUUACCAACCUCUACUGUACCUUCCAAAGGGCAUUCAGUAAAAGUAUCUACAGCCAAGACACCAGAGAACCAAAUCAGAACAGAAAUUGGAAAUACAGCUCAAAGCACGAAACCAGCAGAGAGUUCAGAGACUAGUGACUCCUCAGAGAGUGGUGAGGAUGAGGAGCCCAGGCCACUAACCCAGACAAAAUCACCUAGAAAAACACCUCAGGCAGCCACAGCAGUAGUGAAGAAUGCACCAUUAAGUACACCAUCCAGCAAAGUCUCUGUUUCAAGUCCAAUGAAACAAACUCCAAAACCAUCUGCGGCAAAGUUGCGAACCCCAUCAAAGAAAGCAGAGAGCUCAGAGAGCAGCGAGUCCUCAUCUGAGAGUGAAGAAGAAACUCAUCCAAUUCCAGUGAGCCAGAAGAGAUUGCAAACCCCGCCGCAUCCUGCUGGAGCUAAACAAAUUCAGGCUGAUAAAGGAAAGGAAGCAGUGAAUGAGAGCAGCAGCUCAUCUGACAGUGAAGAUGAAACAGUUCCAAUGGCUCUCAAAUCACCCCCUCGACCCGCAACCAAGGCAAGUACUCCAGCUCAGCCUGCCGGUGCCACGAAACCUGUAUCAGGAUCACUCCAGAAAGCCCAGCAGAGCGAAGACAGUAGCCAGGAUUCCAGCGAUGAGUCUGACUCUGAAGAAGACACAGUAUACACUCAGAAACCAUCUCAGGUGUCACAGAAACCUGUUUCCACUCCCGUGAAAGCUGUGACUGCAAAGAGUGCAAGUGUCACAGUAAACAAACCAGGAAAUUCUCAGCCAGGAGGAAAAGGGACAGCAAGCCCUGCAAAGCCAGUGGCUGUCUGUCUUCAGAAAGCAUCCGGGAGCUCUGAAACAGACAGCUCUGAUUCUUCAGAUUCCAAGACAGCUGCAAAAACAACAAAACAGCCCCCAAUUCAUCCUUUUUUUAAGCAGGUGGCAAGUAAAGCCAUUGCUGCUUCACCAAAAGGCCCACAGGUCAGUUCCAGUCCAAGUCUGGCCCCAGUAACAAAAAGGAAAGUGGAGCAAAACUCUUCCAAAAAGGCCAGACUGAGCCAAGGCCAAGCUCUUCCUGUUAAACCUUCUGGACCCCUCGAAAGCAAGGAGAGCUCAGGAAGCAGCACUUCCUCAGACAGCGAGGAAGAAGAGGAGAAAAAGGCAGCAAAACCAUCAGCAACAGCCAAACAAAUUCCACAGCCUGGCAUAGCCCAAAAAAGAGGGAUAAAAAAAAAAGACAGCUCAUCUGAAGAGUCCAGUGAUGAAGACCAGAAGCCUUCACAGUCCCUCUUGGCAGGUUCCUCCACCCCUUUUAAAACCACAACGUCUCCUGUGCUGCUGUCCAAACAGAGUCCUGCUAAAGCUGGGAAUCUGGGCAUCAGUGAGAAAUCAGCAAUUGCUGACAGCUCAUCAAGUGACAGUAGUGACUCAAACACGGAUGCUGAAGUAGCAAUUGCUCAGAAGGCAGAAACUAGCUCCUUGCCGGCUUCUGGGAAAGAAGCAAUUGUGGCCAAAGAGACUGCAGGUAAGGGGGCUACGGCAGGGAAAAAAGGACCAGGAAGGGACUCCUCCAAAGCCUCUGCCACCAAGAAGGCUACAGCAAAGACUCAAAGCAACGGGAAGGCAAAAGAAACCCUGGCCACCAAGUUGCCAGUCACUUCUUUGUUCAAAGCUAACCCUACAGAUGUCAGUUCUAAGAGCAACGAGGGCCCUGUGGCCCAGGUUCCUGGCACAGGAGCUCUAGAUAAUACAGAUGGGGCCACCCCUGUCGUGGACAUCAAGACUCCAAAAGAAACAAAGGCACCCAAGAGCGGGGAGAAAAAGAAGCCAUCCAAGAAGCGGAAACUGGCAACAGGGGAAACUGUCUCAGGAGAGCCAAAAGAGAAGAAGUUGAAAGAGGAGAACAUUCUUGAUAUGCUGACCAAGAAAAAGAAGAAGAAGAAAUCUAAGUCCUCGGACAAUACUAAGCUGGCAAAGAAAGAUGGCAAAGAGAAAAAAUCAGAUAAGAAGAAAAAGAAGAGUAAAAAAAUGGAAUCCAUUAGUAAAGAUGGUUUGCAGAAGAAAAAGAAGAAAAAGAAGAAAAUAGGCAACCUUGAGGGAGCAGCAUGAUCACUGAUUGUACAGCACACAGAACUCUACUGGGAGCGCUCAACAGAAAAGAACUACUUGUUUAUAUUUUUUAAACAAAGAAGAUGUGACUUUGAAGAUCCGACCUGAUAUUAAAUCUUAAUUUAUAACUAUUUUUAACCAUUAAUUUUAGAGUUAAGUAUUACUUGCAGUUGACCUGAGCCUGGACCUUGGGGAAGGAAGCUAUUCUUGAUUGCUUUGCCAGGGGGAAAAAUUCAGAUACGGUUUUUAUGGGAAAUAAGAUGCUGAAGACACAAAGCCAGCUUUGAUUGCUCGGUUUUUUUUGUGUUGUUGUUUUUUUCAAUCCAGCAGUUUUGUUUACUGCUAUCUCCUCGUCCUCCUUUAUCUUCUCCCACCCAACCCUUAAGAGUUAUAUUUUUUUUAAAGGAAAACAACCGUCCCUCUUUUUACACCUUUUUUUUAAAUAGCAAAGGAGAUGACAAUCCUCUGGCUUUAGUCUGUUCAAGUUUUCUUCCAGUAUUCAAUAUGUACAAAGUGAUGUUGUCCUUAGACAGAGGUCUUUCUCCUUUUGUCUCAUUCUUUCUCUUUAUAAAUAAUGGAUCCAAAUAAAAGAUUAUGACUGGGGAAAGAA